AUGGAGCCUGUCAACGGAGAUGUGCCUGCUCUUCAGGACACCGGAUCGAAUCUUGGGAAGCGAAAGAGAUCAGCGUCGCCCGAGAAGAAAAUCGCAGUCAACGGCCAUGCCGGCAAUUCGAUCCAGCAUGAUCACGAGCGUGUACUAGACCAGGUCAAAGGCUCCGAAUCAGUAUUAUCCAGAGAGGACGCCGACAGGCCCGAAGCGAAGCGCGUCCGGCGGGCUUCAGACACCAAGGACGAGUCGUCCAGCGGAGCAGAUUCGAAGUCCAAAGAAUCGGAAGACAGCCCAGAUCAGAUCUUAAUAUUGCGGAGUUCGACGGACAAAGGUGUAGCAACCCUCUAUUCUGGGCUGCAGACAGCCGCAGGUACAGAGGCCGCCCGGAAGCCCAUCGAUGGCCGAAGUCUGCCAAAUGGCUUCGAUCUUGCUAGGCCCGCCAAAAUUGAUCCAGCAUUCUUAGCAGCCCCCAAGCAACCACGAAAAUUUGCUGAUGUGUUCGGGCCUCAUCGGAACACCAAAGCCCUGGAGAUGCCAAAGGGCCGCCCAGCAGUGAGGAGCAACGUCCUAGGAUUCAGCGCCGAAGCAUUCCCAGAGCGUAUAGCUCCCCUGAACAGACAGGACUACCGACAUCAGCAGCUGGCUACGGCAACCUGGGUUGACUAUUCCCGAGGACACACCCUUGACGAACUAGAUGCCAGUCGUAAAUACAGAGACAAAGGUGUAGCUGCGAACGACUUCCGUGCCGCCCUGAUCGCCAACGACCAUAGUGUCAAUGAAUCCAACAACAACAUCGCCCUUUACAAGCAGGCAUUUUCGUCAUUUGCUCCCACCACGGACAGCUCACUGUCAUUAGUGAACAAUGAGGAUCGGAGCCGUAUCUGGUGGCGGAAACAAGGGUCGAAACAAAUGAAGAAGAUUUUCACAGCCAGCUAUCCGGACCUGGAUGAGCCAGAGCCUGUGAAAGAGCAGAGCGCAGAAGACGACUUUGAAGGAGUUCUGUCAUAUGAGCCCUCGACAGAGGAGCUACAAUUGCCCGAACGGGACGACCCCACAGAUAUCGAUGAUGUGCUGGAAGAGAUAUCAGAAUUGCUUGAGACCGUCCACUCUUACCAGCGCAUCCGUAGCCUGGAGACACGACAAUCCACAGAUCCGUCCAAACCUUCGGGCCCGGAGUUCGACGCCUUUGAUGUACUACGAUCACAACUAGCCAUCCUGGUGGCCGCCGUUCCACCUUUUGCCGUUUCGAAGCUUGAUGGAGACAAGCUCUCGGAUUUGAACAUCUCUACCAAUAUCAAAGUCGACAGCGUUGACUAUAAAGGUACAAUGCAAGCAGAUGACUUCACACUGGCCAAGUAUCGGUCGGCCCAACAAGCCGCUGCGGCUCGGCUGCCCCAGGCUGUCAGCCACACUCCUGUCGCUCGCACAACGUACGGAACACAGCAACAAUCGACAGCCGCUCAAUUCAACAGCAAUCUCCAGGCUUAUGCCGCAAAUCUUGGGAUCCAAGCGCAGCAUGCACAACGCCAAGCCCAGGUCUAUGCCACGCCCUCAAGCCUCCAGCAUAGACCAAGCUACGCCAGCUACCAACAAUCUGGCUCAGUCACGCAGGGCACUACACACGCUGCCCAACCGACAGUCCAGCAAUUCCAGCGCCCACCAACUGCCACACCUGCGAAUGGCUACAAUGGCAGCUGGAACACCACAAAAAGUGCCGCCACCGGCACACCCACACCAGCCGGUAUACAGACGCCGAGCCAGCCAGGCUACGCACAGCGUGCUGCGCAGAAGUUGCAGCAACAGCAGCAGCAGACCUGGUACGGGGGUUCCCAGGCGUAUCCCACCGCAGGCCCUGUACAACAGCAACAACAGCAUCAGCUCAACGGCACGAAUCCUGGUGCCAUGAACGCAAGCUUCCCACAAUUUCACCCACAGCGGCAAUACGGCGCAGCGCAAAGCUAUGAUCAGCAACAGCAGCCACAGCAACAGCAAGUCCAGCAGCGCUAG